AUGGCACCCAAGAAGGACGUCAAGAAGGCCGAGCCCAAGGCCGCCGCACCUGCCGCCGCCGCCCCGGCCCCCGAGCCCGUCAAGCCAAAGGAGCCCGCCUUCGACCCAGCCAGCAUCAAGAUCGAGUUCAGCCAGGAGCAGCAGGAUGACUUCAAAGAGGCCUUCCUCCUCUUCGACAGGACAGGAGACAGCAAGAUCGCCUACAACCAGGCAGCGGACAUCAUGCGCGCCCUGGGACAGAACCCCACCAACGCCGAGGUCAACAAGAUCCUGGGCAACCCCAGCAACGAGGAGAUGAACGCCAAGAAGAUGGCUUUCGAGGAAUUCCUGCCCAUGCUCCAGGCCGUCGCCAACAACAAGAACCAGGGCACCUUUGAGGACUUCGUUGAGGGUCUUCGCGUCUUCGACAAGGAGGGCAACGGCACCGUGAUGGGCGCUGAGCUUCGCCACGUGCUGGCCACACUAGGUGAGAAGAUGAAGGAGGAGGAAGUAGAAGCCCUGCUGGCAGGCCAGGAAGACUCCAACGGCUGCAUCAACUACGAGGCUUUCGUCAAACACAUCAUGUCUGUUUAA